AUGAGUUCACAGCUUCGUCUAAUUCCAUGGGAUGCUGAGUCGCAGGCGCACCGCGAGUGGCUCGUGAAGCAGCGGAUAGAAUGCGGGUGGCACAAGGAGAAAGUCGAAGUAACGUGGAGGAGUCAACAACUCAAGGGCCAGAAAUGUAUUUUUUGGAUUCAAAAGCUCGAGGAUACAGCCCUCACACUCAACGCCGCCCCACGCCAACCAACCCAAGAAACCUUCAUCCCAAUCGGCCAUGUCUCACUUGAUUCCUACAAUCCUGAAAUAGAUUGUCUUGAUCUAGAAAUACCUGCUGAGGGCGUGUUCUGGAUCAAAACCUUCUAUAUCAGCCGCUCGAUUCAAGGCCAGGGCAUCGGACGGGCUACUAUGGAUUAUGUCGAGAGCAUGGCAGUCCGUAAGCCACUUUUAGCGAAGACGCUGAUGCUUGAUACUGUCCAGAAGGACGACCAGAUGCAAGAAGAUUUUGCAAUUGCAACAUUUGGUAGCGUUCCAAAGUCUACCAAUCAGGAGUGGUACGCUCGGCGAGGAUACCGGUUGAUCAAAACUAUUCAAAAUUUCUACAGACAUGCUGACAAGAAUGGGAGGGUCUGGGAUAUAAGGACUGUCUUCAUGAGGAAAGACAUCGAAGCCUGA